GUCCUUGUCUCCAGUUCUCCGCCUGACGCCUGACGCCUGAACGCCUUCUACUCGGCCUGAGUCAAUGUACCAUGUACCGUACCUACAGUAGGCAGAGAGGCCCUCGAGAGGCCCCACGAGGUUUUUCUCGUGGAGCGAUACCUGAUCCAAGCCGAAACUAUCCUCAUAUCAUGGCCAUUUCGGGCAUUCCGAGCUUCACAUUCUGCCCACCUCUUCUCGCCCUUUCAGCCUUGUUGGUGUUGACAGGGGGGUCAGCCGAUGACUAUGACGCUAGUACAGCCUUACCCAAUCAGUCUUGACAAGACAUCUUCCAGUGCAGCUGCACUGCACUGCCGCGUAUCUGCAGCUUGCAACGCCUUUCUCCAGUCAUAAAAACCGUUGGCAUAAGAGAACAGUCGUGUCAUCGUCACCGAGAUCCCAGCAGCCGGGUCACAUAAGAAGAGACCCAUCCUCGGUUUCGCCGUUCAGUCUGGAAAGCCGCUGGAGUAGAACACAUCGGUAAGCCUACCUACCCGCUGAUCAUCCCGUCUACACUGUAGCCGCCUGCCUUGUGAAAGGGAGCCUUCCAAGUUACACCCUUGUUGAACCACCUUUCACAGCCAGAUGUUGGUUGUUUUCUCUUCCGGCGACGGAUCCUCAUGUCCAAAUAACGACCUUCAUGCUAAUACGAAGCGCUGCAGUGCCACAGGGAUAGUGAAUAUCAAGCUCCGUUUGCAGCCACAGUCAAGGCAGCAACAAGGCAACUCUCCAACAAGCUGAGAGAUCCUGCAACUCUUUGCAGCUUCCCGAACCUCAAAUACUCCCUCCAACCUCCAAGUUCCAAGUUCCCAAUCACACAGACAAUCAGCAUCAUGGAUACUCCAAGCACAAGUCAGAGUGAGCAGGUGGUCGAGAGAGAGGGCGGAGCUCCUGCAGCUGGAGAAGGAAGCUCAAGCACACAAGCAGAGAUCAAGUCACCAAAAUCCUCCGAGAAGUCGACUACGCAAUCAAAGAAGACCAAGAAACACAAGGAACCAGACAAAGCUUGCAAGACCAAGUCGAAGAAGGCAAAGGAGGAGGAAGUCGUUGAGAGCGAUUCUUCUGAUAGCUCGAGCGACUCUGACUCUGAUGAUAGUGAUUCUGAUUCAAGCGAGUCAAGUGAGGAUUCAGAAACAGAGACUGAGAAGGAGAAGCGGAAGCGUAAAGCGAAGAAGAAGGCAAAGAAAGCUAAGGACAAACGCAAGACGAAAUCCAAGAAGAAGUCUCGUAAAGAGGUAUCCUCAGAUUCCGAUUCAGACUCCGAAAGUGAGAGCGAAGUCGAGACCGAUAUAGAAGACGAAGAUGAGGACGAUGAGGUUGAUGCGAAUGCGGAACUUCAACAACAGCUUCUACAAAUGCAGCAGAUGCAACAACUACAAGGUCUUGGUCAGGCUGGUCUUGGAGGCGGAUUAGGAUCACGCAUUAGACCUGGCCGCCGAGCCUUGGGAGGUUUGGGAGGAGGAGCUGCUGCUCGAUUGCAGGCUGUGAGAAAUGCUAAGCAACUGGCAGCUCUCGGUCUUGAUCCUAGUGGUAAGAAGAUCAAGAAGGACAAGAAGAAGAAGGGCAAGCGGGGCAGCAAGCUCGAGUUCAAGAGAGUUGAUCAGCUGUGGGAUUCUACAAUCCACAACUACAAACUCACCGACACGGCUGAAGACGAAGAGAGCUCUGAGUACGAUCAGUACCUCUUCAACGUCCGAAGAACAUUUGACUGGGAGGGGAAGUACAAGACUACUGUCGUAGACAUCAAAAGCAAACUGAUUAAGGAAGCUCUGACUGAUGUUAUGGACGGUGUUAAGGGUGUCAGUCUCGUUGAAGAGACACCUUGUGUUGACCCAAACCUCCUCUUCCUUUAUCUCGAGGAUCUUCGCAAGCUUUCCAAGGAGCUCAAGAACACGAAGAUCACUGUCAAGAAGGGCAAGAAGAAGGCCAUCAAGCGCAACGAAACUAAGAGAAAGCACCUGAAAGUCCUCCUCAAGUAUCUCGAUAAAGACUAUGCCGCGACCAAGAAGACCUUGUACCCUAUGCUGGAGUCAGGCUUGAUUUCUUUCGAGUAUCUCUGGGCACUGUACAAGCCUAAUACCCUGGCAUACACUACCACCUAUGGCUCCGUCGAUGAACCUCGCGCUUUCAAGAUUGAGUUGGCCGAGAAGGAGUUCAGUUUCAUGAAGGGCGAAUGGUACAGCAUCGAGGGCAAGUACCUUGAGUAUGAUGGAAAGACCUGGGGAAUGGGCACAAUGGAAUCCGAAGUUCCGGCUUUCAAAGGGGCACGAAAGAUCACCAGUCUGAACUGCUAUCCCUUGAAGUAUCAUAAGAACGAAGAGAAGCUCCGAGAAGAACUCAUCACGCGCGGCAAGAAAUUCGUCUCUCUCCAAGGCGUCCACUACAAAUGCCACGAGGGUAUGGCUUACGUCAAGAAAAAGAGACAGGUCAUCAAGGUCAACAUCAACGGCAGAAUCAUGAUUGAUCCAGCAAUCCAUCGUCGGAUCUUACCAAAUUACAAUGUCAGCACCGUCAAGCCAAAGGACCCAGAUAUCAUCGACUCCGAUUCUGAUGAGUCUGACUCUGAAGGUGGCUGUUGCUGUGGCGACGACUCCGACGAGGAAAAAAAUCAUACCUUCGAAACUCGCCAGAGCAAGGAGGACGAUGAUGAACCAAAGAUGAAGAUGAAGGUGGUUCUGGACGAGAAGAACGAACCUCGUCUAGUUGAAGUUCCAGUGGAUGCCGACGGCCAAGAAAUCGCAGUCGAGAAACUUGAGGAAGUCCCAAGCAAGAUGGUCUCCAAGGAAGGCGAGUCUGCCGCUGUUGUAGAGGAGGACAAGAAGGCACUUCCCGUCUUUACCGACGAGGAGUAUCUAAUUGCUUCUCCUGUGGUUCUAGGAUUUGCGUUCGCCGAGAAGCUUUGGCUUGAAUUCACGGUCUCUGGUGUCAAGGAGAUUGUCUGGAACGAAGGUGCUUACGAAUCACUUGUUUUGGAGGACAAUACGAAGGAAAUUGUCAAGGCUUUGGUCGAGUCUCACAAGUACCAUCCAGCAGAGAGCAUCGACGAUGUCAUUCAGGGCAAGGGCAAGGGUCUGGUUGCGGUCCUUCAUGGUCCUCCAGGUACCGGCAAGACUCUAACCGCUGAAGGCAUUUCAGAACUCCUCAAGUGCCCACUCUACAUGGUCUCAGCGGGCGAGUUAGGCACUGAUCCUCGAACACUUGAGGGCGAGCUGCAGAAGAUCCUUGAUAUCGCACACGCUUGGGGUGCGGUUCUUCUCUUGGAUGAGGCAGAUGUGUUCUUGGAGAAGCGAACCAUUCAGGACAUCCACCGAAAUGCUCUCGUUUCCAUCUUCCUUCGUUUGUUGGAGUACUUCCAGGGCAUUCUCUUCUUGACCACAAACCGUGUGGAGACUUUCGAUGAUGCCUUCCAAUCCAGAAUUCACAUCGCUCUUCGAUAUGGCGAAUUGACUGCAAAGGCCAAGAAGAGCGUCUUCAAGAUGUUCAUUGAGCGUGUACGGAUCCUCGAGGGUGUCGACACGAUGCCUUUCACGGAGGAAGACUACAACUCUCUUGCUCGGAAUAACCUCAAUGGUCGCCAGAUCAAGAACACAAUUCGCACAGCCCAGGCUCUGGCUGUCAACAAGGGCGAGCCUCUCAGCAUGGAACACAUCAAGCGUGUCCUCGACGUCUCGAAUGCUUUCGACCGCGACCUCAAGGGAGGUACAGGCUUCGAGGAGGCCAUGCGUGGCUAUUUCUAAGCUGUCACUGCCCUCGUCCUUUACAACAUGACCAUCGUCCUACUUGUUCAUUGCACUUUACUUCUCGUUUUCUUUUUCGAUUCUUCAUUUCAAUUCUCCUGAUUCAGGCAGAAUUUUCACGGCGCAUGAUUAUGGAUAUGACGGGUAUGACAUGGAAGCACGGCACAGCACAGUACAGCACACUAUUUAGGGUUGAACUGAACAAAUGGAAUGGAAUGCUAUUUCGGCGAGCAAGCGAGCAU